AGUCACAGCCAGGUAACCCUGGAGCGAAGCUGUUUAGUUAGAAGGGGGCAGUUAAACUCCUCACUCCAGUGGCUUUCACCCUCACCCUGAAGCACCUUAGCACUGUUGCCUGCAAACCCCUGAAGGUUGUCUUUGCCCCAGAUGGAGCCCAAAGGUGCCACUGGGAAAGAAAACAUGGGCACCAAGAGAAAGAACCUGACCUUCUUGAGGCCCAGGAUGUAUAUGCUGGAGAGACGGAAGACUGACACUGUGGUUGAGAGCAGUGUUUCUGGGGACCACUCUGGUACUUUGAGGAGGAGCCAGUCUGACAGAACUGAAUACAACCAGAAAUUACAAGAAAAGAUGAGUCCACAGGCUGAGUGUUCUGCAACUGAGACGCCAACCCCAGAGGAGGAGCAUCAGAGAAGGAAGAUGAUGGCAAAGCGGGCAAAAAUCAUCAAGGAGUUAAUACAGACAGAAAAGGAUUAUCUCAAUGAUUUGGAGCUGUGUGUUCGGGAAGUGGUUCAGCCCCUGAGAAACAAACAGAUUGACAGGCUGGAUGUGGAGAGUUUGUUUAGCAACAUUGAAUCUGUGCAUCAGAUAUCAGCCAAGCUGCUGUCCUUGUUGGAAGAGGCCACAACUGAUGUGGAACCAGCCACACAAGUAAUCGGAGAGGUAUUCUUGCAGAUUAAGGAGCCGCUGGAAGAUAUAUAUAAAAUCUACUGCUAUCACCAUGAUGAAGCGCAUAGURUGCUGGAGUCCUAUGAAAAGGAGGAAGAGCUGAAGCAACAUUUGAGCCACUGUAUCCAGUCCUUAAAGAAAAUAUAUGUGCAAGAAGGCAAAUCAAACUUAUUGGACAUGGGCUCUUUGAUGAUCAAACCAAUUCAGCGUGUGAUGAAAUAUCCCCUGUUACUGUGCGAACUCUGGAAUUCUACCCCUCCUUCUCACCCAGAUUACAGAGCACUGGAGGAUGCCUUUGCCGCUGUGAAGGACAUUAAUGUGAACAUCAAUGAAUUUAAGAGAAGGAAAGAUUUAGUUCUAAAAUACAAGAAGAAUGAUGAGGAUGAAUCUCUUAAAGACAAAUUAUCCAAACUAAAUAUUCAUUCAAUUAGCAAGAAAUCAAAACGAGUGACAAAUCAUCUAAAGAUUCUGACCAGAGGAGAAUCACAGGUGAAAGAUAAUACCUUUAACAGAGAAGAAAAGCUGUUUAGAGCUUUAGAAAAGACUGUGAGGCACUGUGUAAAAAAUAUUUCAAUCUGUCUCCAACACAUACAGGAUGCCAUGCCUAUUGCUCUCCAGAGUGUGAGGGAGCUCCGGGAAAUUUCGUACAACAAAGAUGAGGAGGAGGUGGGCUAUUCAGAGACUCUGAGUAAUGCUCCAAAUCCCUGUCAUGACUUUGCAUCUCACUUGCAGAGACUCGUCCUGAACCCGCUGUCAGCCCUGCUGUCCUUAUUCCCAGGACCUCAGAAGCUCAUCCAGAAACGCUAUGACAAACUGUUAGACUACAACAGCUACCUGCAGCGGUCAGCAGGAGAUGAGUCAGACUUGGCCAAAAAGGAAUAUGAAGCCCUCAAUGCCCAGCUGGUAGAAGAGCUUCAGGUGUUCAACCAGGCUGCCCGGAAGAUUCUGUUGAACUGUCUGUGCAAUCUCAUCACCCUCCUCAGGGACCUGAUGCAUGCAGCACAACAGGCUUAUUCCACAGUUGUGCCGGCACCAUUGUUGGUCUCAAGCAUCUCUGAGAUUCAGAAUCGAGUACUAGAAGAGGUUCACAAUCUGAAUUUUGUAAAGGACAAUAGUGCCACCUUUAUUGAGAGGAAACUCAGUUUUGAAAAGAAGAAGCCUGUGCCGGUUCUGCCAGAAGUGCCACGUCAAACUGACAUUCAUCGCUCCAAACUUCUGUCCACAUACAGUGCAGAGGAACUCUACCAAGCUAAGCGCAAGUGCAAUGCCACACAAGAAUAUGACAUCAACCUUUUGGAAGGAGAGUUGGUGGCUGUGAUGGAACAGAAAGAUCCACUGGGGAGUACUAGCAGGUGGCUCGUUGACACGGGAAUUGUAAAAGGAUAUGUGUAUUCCUCCUUCCUAAAACCGUACAAUCCAGCAAAAGUGCAGAAGGCUGAUGCUGAGAACAGGUUCUGUGACGAUGAUUUUGACAACAUCAGCCUCUUUGUGUCUUCUCGGCCAGCUAGUGACAGUGUCACAGGGACCCCAGAAGGCAGCAUAAGUGAUAGCAGCUCAUCUCUAAGUGGCACCUGUGGAAAGUUUGAAACAAACGGCACUGAUGUUGACAGCUUUCAAGAGGUAGAUGAGCAGAUUUUCUAUGCAGUUCAUGCUUUUCAAGCACGGAGUGACCAUGAACUCAGCCUUCAGGAGUACCAAAGAGUCCAUAUACUUAGAUUUUGUGAUCUAAGUGGGAAUAAAGAGUGGUGGUUAGCUGAAACUCAAGGACAGAAAGGAUAUGUGCCAGCUAACUACCUUGGGAAGAUGACUUAUGCUUAAGGAAAUAAAGCCUUUGACCUUCAUUUUCCUGGCAAAUUGAUGAUUGACUACCUCAUAAAACUGACAUUCUGAAACUUUGGGCCAGAAAGUAAGAAAGCUUCAAAUUCAUGAACUGAUACUGAACCAGGUUUUAAGGAAGACUAUAUUUCCUAACAGGAUUAUUUCAUGAAUGUGUUCAAUAAAUACAUGUUGAAGGAAAUACUAAGCCAACAGAAGAGCAAAGGAAAUAGCCCAAGCUCCAAUUAUAAAUCAGCUAAAGGUGGAGAUCUAUUGAAAGAAUAAAUGUUGUUCUUUUAUCAUCAUGAAAGACUGGAUCUAAGAAUAAGGUUUUUCAGUUUACUGUAAUUUUUUCACUGUUAUAUAUUUUGCCUCAAACAUAUUUUUGUUUUUCAUACUACUCACUUGCAUAUACACAUGUUUAUAUAUACAUGUACAUCAUAUGGAUUAUGCA